AAACCUCACCGCAAGUCGCAUGUCCUUUGGCAUCUGAGGCGGCUUCAGUGCCCUCCAAGCCCUCAAGGACGACGGCGCGUCUGGAAACUAGGGCAAGGUCGUCGCAGAGGCCAUCAUCCGGCAUCAGGACAUGAGCGCCGACGGUGCCAUUACUAUACCGGCCAGCCGAUUCAUGUCGCGACGCUGUAUAAUAACCUUUGUAGGCAUUCGCUUGCAAGUAGGUUUGAGAGAACGAGCCAUGGGAACCCGCGGAGGGAGAUCAAUGAGGCGUGGCCGAGACUUGGUUGGUUUUUUUUGGUUGCUGGGACUGGGAAGAGGGAGGAGGGGGUGAGGGCUCGGUGCCAUUCUCCGCAUGUUUUUGAUUUGGAUAAAGAAACUGAGGGGAACAACCUAAUGAGGGGAGUAGAUGGUGCGGUCGUUGAGUAUAGUUGA